AUGGCCGAGUUCAACUGGCGCACAAUCAAUAUCGACGCUCUCGAUCCCGAAUCUUCCACAAACUUCGACCUCUCCACUCUGACACCAGCUGUCCAGCCCGUUAGCCCUCAAGACGUCCAGGCACUCAGCCAGCAGAUCAGACAACUAUGGCGUGGAGGCGAUGCUGAGGGUGCUCUGCGCGGGGCCCUCGAGAAUGCCCCCUACGGAGCCGAUGCUCAAUCCAAGGACUCAUAUAUGCAGACCGUCACCGAAGUCCUGCAACAGGUCCGCACCGCCGACAUGGGUCCUUUAUUGCAGCGCAUCUACACAUCCGACGGCGGCGCUGAGCUAUGCGACGUCCUGAUGAAGUACCUAUACAAGGGAAUGGCCACCGGUGCCUCCACCACCAACCCUUCCAAGAACGUCACACCACAAGUCACUGGCUUCUCCCAGGUCCAACCGCGCAACACUGCCGAGAGCCAAGGCGGAAACAUGGGUGUCUUUUUGAGCUGGCACGAGAAGCUUGUUGAAGUCGCCGGUCCAGGCACCAUCGUACGCGUCAUGUCAGACCGCAGAACCGUUUAA